CGAGUUCCGUCUAUAUUUCUAGUUGAAAGUGACCACAAAGUCUUGAGUAUAAAGUCUUGGGUGGAAAUAUCAAUAUAAAUCCGAAAUGUUCUUGAAGAAGCAUGAUUUCACAGCUGCUCUCCACAGAAAAUGAGGAUGUCUCUGCAGGGAAAUUGAGAGACGACAAUCCUCUCGACGAAAGCGAGAGUUUCCAUGAAUUAUGUGAAGCAUGUCGGAGAGGCGAUCUGAAGAUUUGCCAGGAGAAAAUAUUAGAGGGCGUGAAUAUCAAUGGCAGAGACAGCUAUGACUACACUCCGUUGAUUCUGGCGAGUCUUUGCGGCCAUUACGAAGUGGCCCACUUGCUUCUUGAGUCUGGUGCGAUUUGUGAGCGCGAUACGCACCAGGGUGAGCGAUGUCUCCACAAUGCGCUGAACGACCGAAUACGAAAUCUCCUCCGUUCCUACCAUUUCUCGAAAUCCACCGAUCCACUGCAACCGUUCGCCGCGCACGUCACCUCGCUCCUCUCACGCGACACCCCGCGUACGUCGGACAUUACCCUGGUCUGCACGGAUUGUACGUUCCGACUGCACAAGCUCGUGCUCGCCGCUCGGUCGCCUUACUUCGCCGAGACGUUCGCCGCGGCGCCGGAGACGGUCUCGUGGCGGCUGCCAAACACCAUCCCGUCGCGGUCGCUGGAGAUUGCGGUGCGGUAUCUGUACUUUGGUGAUGUGGCGGCGGACCUGGGCGAUGGCGAGGAAGAGCAGAAAAUCUUGACGGGGGUGGAGAAACUCAGCCAGCUAUUUCAGACCGAGUCCCUCUUCGAGAGUAUCAUGGAACGAGAUCUACGGUUCGUGCGGCAACGACGGACGGAUGACCUGGCGCUGGGUCGCCAGCGGUUUGAAGUCUGGUUGAAUGAUAGUGUGCUAGCGAACAAGGUCGAGGUCGAGACGUCGAGGGCGAAAGACGUUCGGUGGGGUAGGAACAAUAAAGUAUUCGCAGAUGUCCUGCUUCAGGCGGAUGAGCUAGUGGAAGAGGAGGACAACGAUUUAGAAUCAUAUUCGGGUACAACCACUCCACGGAUACGCAACACAGAGGGGUCGUUAAACGGCAUCCCAGUCGGUCCGGUAUCCCCAUCAAAACGACCACGAAGAUCCAUAUUGUACCCCGUUCACAAAGCCAUGCUCAUCCGCGCCGAAUACUUCCUUAUCAUGUUCUCGUCCGGCUUCAAAGAAGCACAAGAGACGGAGCACCUGCAGAUCAUUUCGGUGGAUUUUCCCCCUGACGUCCUGGAGAUUGUGCUUGCGUUUUUGUACAGUGAAAAGGCCGACAUCCCCCUGUCUCUCGCCGUCGACGUGCUGUGGGCCGCCGACCAGCUCUUCAUCGACAAGCUGAAGAACAAGACGGCGGUGAUCAUCAGCACGUUGGGGAGCGGUGAUGCGGUCACGGGGAAGGCGGAGAAACGUCGCCGUGCUGACGAGGAUGAUGGGGUCAUAGAUAUUUACGAGGUUAUUCGCGCGGGAUGGGAUACCCGCGUCCCUCAAUUAGAAGAGUUUGGAGCUAGAUAUUUGGCGUAUAGACUAGAGCGCCAUAUUGACACGGAGGAGUUUGCGGAAAUGGUUCAGGACUCGGCGGCGAGGAUCCAGUCGAGGCAGGAGACCGAUACGGUUGAACUGAUUGACGAUAUUCGAUUCUAUCUCUCCGAACGAUUCCGCCUACGAUUCGAAGAGGCCGGCCUCGAGGAGAUGAUGGACGAUUUAGAGGGAUCGGCCGGGGAUGCACAGGAUGCUACAGAAGGGCAAUUCCAAGAGGAACGUGGCAUCGAUUCCGCAGAGCGAUACGCACCAUCCGACGCUAUUCCGCCGACGCGCGUUGCUGCUAAUGGAGUGAUCAAGUCGGACGCCCUUGAUGGAACGGUGAUCAGGACGCUUGACGGGAAAAUCGCUGGUGACGAGUUCAGCCAGGAGGCGAUGGACUACCGGAUCCUGCUGACGAAGCUGGACCAACUACUAGAGAAGUUGGAGCUAGAUGCUUGAAUGUGAAAUGUCCAUACGAAUACACUAAUGCUUUCAUGACC